UUCAUAUCAUCACAAUAGGGUCAUUAGAGGCAACGAUAUUUUUAUACGAGGUACCGGCACUGAGCCAUUAAGAGACAUAUUAAUGCUGUAGCAGCAACACUCGGUGAAUGCACUGCCAGAAAGAUCAUAGCUAUAGUUAUUGAUUAGAAUACCGAGGAAGAAGUUUCUGGGAGACUAUUGAAGCCGUAAGUUUUUAACAACAUUGCAAUUAUUUUCUGCAUCUUAAUGCUCUCUUGUCACAUUAACCGUCUUGUCAACCCUUGUGACGAAACAAUUUUCGACUCGAAGCGACGUCCAAUGCAAAGACACAACUGAUAAGUUCAAAGCAUUUCAGCUGAGAAGCACUCUUCUGAACUGCCAUUUUCCCAAUUCACAUCAGUUGUAUUAGGUACUUUGUGCAAGGCGACCGAGUGCCAUCUCUGACGGACGGUGGAACAAGAAAUGGGACAGAAAAAGAUUGGAACUCCUUCCAGCAGCUUGGAGAAAAUUAACAUUGUGGUGAUGGGCAAAGAUGAUGUCGGAAAAUCUGGUUAGAAUGAUUAUCAUGAACAAGUUGUUAUUGCUCAGUGCAUUAUGGUCUUAAGGCAAAACCGUGUAGAGCCCGAGUUCGCCUUUACACCCUUUUUAACAAUUCAGUUCCUAAAAAAUCGUUCUUUUAAGGUGUGUUCAUGGAUUUUAUCAGUACAUCAGUUUGUUGGACAGUCUCUGUAAGGGCCUUUACUCUCUGCAAAAGUUGAUCAAUGUAUUUCGACUCAGCGGCUGCCUUCGGAGGUCAAGCCCGGAAAGGGAUAAAACCCUGUUUAGUAAAAUUUAGGAGAUAUCCACCUUUUCCAUUAUAAAAUCUAUGGGAACACAUUCAGACAUAACUAUACAAAACGUGUACUGGUUGACGAGAAGUUUGCCUGCAUGGAGCUUGCUAAGAAGGACCUCAACACACUCGAAAACUACACUAUUGUCGAUUUCGAUGUUUUUGUAAGGAUGCCAAUCUAAACAAUUUCAACAAAUAUGUUGUUUUUGCAAACAGGCGCCUGGCGCUGUACGACUGUACAGUUUGAUUUGUUGCGUUCGCUGCUGGUGUUGUAUGCCCAAACCUUUUGACUUCUUUGCCCGUUCUCUUGCAGCUAUGACGGUUCGCCUUCUCACUAAAAGAUUCAUCGGCGAAUAUGACAGCUCUCUUGGUAAGUUUCAAUGUAAAAAUGCAGCCUGCGUCGGUGAAAGCUAAUUGGGUUAAUCGCAACUGUCAAAUUACAUUAGCUGGGCUAUUAGCUGACUUAGCGCGCCUCUUGCUGCGACGGCAAAUAUCAAAUCAUAUCAUGCAAAUAUCUUCUUGGUCUAGAAUUUAAACGGAUUUAUCGCCUAAAAAGGUCUCUUUUGUGUUUUUUAAUCUUGUUGUUAAAUUGUUUUAGGGUUUUAAAUGGUACUGGUACUUGUCAAAAUAAGAUAUGCAUUAUCAAAUUUUUAGCUUCGGGAAACUACAAUAUUUAAAAGCCGGUUUCCCCUUUAAGCAGCUCAAGGAAACAAUUCUUGAUUUGUUUCUCUUUAAACUAUAAGGGUAUUUCUUUUCGUCUAACGUUUUUCAUUUUGCUCUCCUGCCCUUAUUUUCAAAAGAACAUGAAAUGGCCAACGCGGACUGUUUCAGAUUAUAUUUUCCCGUGAAGUUAUGAUUAGGAUGUAGAGUUAUUUAUUUGAAUGUUGGAGUUGAAUAAGGCAAGACAAAAGCGGCUUUUAAGUUAAAAAUGAGAACUGAUACCGUGAAAGAACACUAGGUGUUUUUUCACGUAAAAUUUAUUGUUUUUCUGAAAAAUUAAGGGCAAAGAUAUCGCUGUCGUAAUGUGGUCUGCCAAAUAACAUGCUAUUCUGCAAGGAGACGUUAAGUAUUUCUCUGCCUUUGUUUUGGUCAUGAAUGCGUGCCAUUAACUCUCAGUGAAGAGUUUGGCUUUCAAAGAAUGAGCCCAUACGUGGAACAGAUGGUUUCUACUUAGGAAGAUAACGUUGACUAAUAAAGAUUGCGUUUCUUUGUUUUUUUACUUAGUUACAAUCGAAAAAAAUUCUCACAAAAAAGGGCGUGUGGAUGAUAAAAGUAUGACCGCAGACAGCCCUUCAUCAGAUUAGUACGCGAAUGGUAUUACAGCUCUAAGCCUUUUUAUAAAGAAAUGAUCGCAUACCAUCCCAUUAAAAGUUACUUCAAAAUUUUCAUUGAGGAGUAGAGAAAGAGAAAGGAAACAAAACAAAACACAUUAAAAAAAUGUACACUGGCGUUCGAUUAUUUUAUGAAAAGCACGAGGCAGCGCUGUGGAUUGCAUACACUGCGAAGCGGUAAACGGUGAACAGAUUUUGAGAACAUGCGGUGCCUCAGCGAGAAGAAGCUCGCUCACGUUAGGAGGCAGGUCAUUUCGUGAUGAUUGCCUUUUUCCUGAAUGGAUUUCGAGUUACGUCAUUCAAUUACGAAAUAAUUGCAAAUUAUAAUUGUUACAAUGACACUAAAGUAAUGACGUUCAUCUGGAUAAAAAUGCGCAUAAAACUUUAAAGCUUAAAAUCCCACUCUUUCAAAUACACGAUUACAACUAAGCUCCAACGCUCUCAAAGGAAGAAGUUUGGUUAAGCCACGAUGAAAUCUGUCUGAUCUCUCCAUAAGGCCCCUUCUCUUAUUUCGCUGAUCGUGAGUCGCCGCUUCGCCAACUGACUCGUUUCCCAUGGCUUUGCCGGUAAUUACAAAAUGCCAGGCUAGCGGGCUAGCUUCCCUCUGAAAUUGAAAAUUCAGAUUUGUCCUUCACUCUCUUUUCUUUUUAAUUUCAGAGUCAAUCUAUCGGCAUUACUUUAAGCUAGAAGAGAACUUCAUUGCAUUGGACAUCAUGGACACAGCCGGCAAGGUGAAACAUUUAUGAAACCUGUGUAUGACAAGGAAAAAAAGGAAAAGAAAUGGAAUUUAUUGUACCGUCACUGUUCGAAUAUUAUUUAUUUUCAUUUGGUUUGUCAGCCACAAAAAGACUUGUUAGCCACAAAUUAAUUCUCAAAACGGGCAUAAUAAUGAAUAUUUUAAGUUUUCAGCAAUCUUGUUCCCAGGGUUCUCUCUUACUCGUUCCCAGGGUUUCUUUUGUACUCAUUCUCAAGAGAGUAACCCGAGAACGAAAUUGGUUUUUGAGCAGAGGCAAACGCAAGUUAAGUCGCCUUUCACAUUCGCUUCGUGCUUACCACCGGUGAACUGUUACAAGUUAAAGCAAAAAAGUACCAAGAAUAAAAACAUAAGAAACCUCAAAGAUGUAACAAUUGAAAGCUGCCUUUUGUAAGGAUUACAAUAUUUCAAGAAAGCUAGUAUGAAAGCCAUUAUAAUUACAAACUGAAAAAAGACUCUUAUCUUCCAGUCGUCAUGAUUUUACGUCUGAAAUUACCGCAUAACUACUCUCCAUGUUUCGCUAGGUGUUUAAUACAACAACAGUCAUGUGAUUUGUUCUCUGGAUUUUGAAUAAGCUUUUAAAAUUGACGCCAUCGAUGAUGGGUAAAAAAAAGGUCAUUUAUAUCAAUAAUCGUAAUGAAUAAAAUAAUGUUUUAUAUUGAUAAUAAUCGCAUUUACAGAAUACUGAAGAGAAGCUGAGUCAGUGCUCAUCCUUCGGAAACAUGUUCUUUUUGCUGUUCUCCAUCACCGACAGAUCAUCUCUAAAAGAAAUCCAUCGACUCGGUCAUUAUUUGAAGACAAUGAAAACGAGCGGCGCGUACAGCAUUAGUGUUGUUGGAACAAAACGAGACUUGUCGGAAUACCGAAAGGUUUCCGAAGAUGAGGGGAGGACACUCGCCAAUGAGCUCGGAGGAACCUAUCACGAGAUCUCCAGCGCUGAAGGAUACGAAGAAACACUGAAACUGUUUCAAGAUGCGAUCAAAGUGCAUCUGCAGUCGCGGUACACCGAUCGAGACCGGCAAAAGAGGGGACUGGGGCUAAGGAAACUCAGGGAGGGCCUCCUUAUGCGAACCAAGUCACUUUACAGAAAACGAGGCCUGACUUUUUAGGUAGACCUACCGGGUGGUGACCACAGGCGCCUUUUAUAUAAAUGUGUUUGAUGUCAGUGUAAAUAGCUAAAUUGUAAAGUUUGAAGUUGUAUGUAAAUUAUGUAGUUAGGUAAUACUGUCAUAACAAAAACACAUAUUAUGAGAAACGUAAAGGUGCAGUUCCUAUCGUUCCCAGAAGAUCGAUUUAGUGAGAAAGCUUGACUUGAAUAUAACAUUUUAUUUACUAAUAUUAAAA